AUGUCUAUGCCCCCACCGCCUCCCCCGGCGAGGCCAUCGACUGCGCCCGCGACAAGGUCCCCCCUCUCCAAGUCUCCCAACAAGUCGCCCAGCCUCAAGCCCCUGACAGCUGUCAACGCUGCCAACGUACCGGAAUCGGGAGCGCUUGCCGAUGCCAUUUCCAAGAUAGACAGUCUGCGCCUGUCCCAGCCGCCCAGCACGACAAACUCGCCUCCGUCCACGUCUGGAGCGUCUAGCCCAGCUAGCCGUGCCCGCACGUCAAUCUCUGCUCUCAGCGCUACCUCUGGCGACGGCAAGUUCCAAUCGCCGCCCCAGACACCCCACUUUGGUGCCCAGACCGACCUCUUGAAAACUCUUGAUGAAAGCACAAAGGUCAUCCGCCAGAGCGCAAAGGGGCUCGAGCGUGCCCCAUCUGUAUCUGGUAUCGGCAACGUUGUCGAGAAGCCAGACUACUCCGAGGCCAAGAUUGUCGUUGCCAUGGUCGGCCUCCCGGCCCGUGGCAAGUCUUACCUCGCGAACAAGCUCAUGCGCUACAUGAGGGCAAGUUGGCUCGAGUUCAACGUCCAGGUCUUCAACGUCGGCCAGCUCCGUCGUUCCAAGGCCAGGACGCUGAAGGAGACUGAGGGCAAGAAGGCGGACCACUCGGCCCAGUUCUUCUCCGACUCGAACCCCGAUGCCAAGGCAUCCCGUGAGAUGCUCGCCGAGGAGAGUCUGGAAGCUCUGAUCUCGUGGCUCAAGGCCGAGGGCAACGUUGGAAUCAUGGACGCGACGAACAGCACUUAUGAACGGAGAGAGAAGAUCCGCGAACGAAUUGCGCGUGAGCCCGACCUCCAGCUGCUGUUCCUCGAGUCGUACUGCGACGACCCGUCCGUCAUCGCCUCAAAUGUCGCCCUCAAGGCGACGUCCGGUGACCCCGACUACAAGGGCAUGUCGACGGCCGAGGCUGCCGCCGACUUCCGCAAGCGUAUUGAGCAGUAUGAGAAGGUGUACCAGACCAUUACCGAGCCCGAUAUCUCGUUCUGCCGCAUCAUCAACGUCGGCAGGCGGGUGUCCAUCAACCGUAUCCAGGGUUACCUCCAGAGUCGCAUUGCGUUCUACCUCAUGAACCUGCACCUCAAGCCCCGCAGCAUUUAUCUCUCCAGGCACGGCGAGUCAAUGUACAACGUCGAGGGCAAGAUUGGCGGUGAUGCCGAGCUGUCGCCUCGUGGUAUGAUCUACGCACAGUCGCUGCCUGGUCUGAUCAAGAAACAUAUUGGCGAUGGGCCACUCGAGGUUUGGACUUCCACUCUCACGCGUACCAUCCAGACUGGCUCGUUCCUGCCCAAGGACUUUGAGCAGAAGCGCUGGAAGUCGCUGGAUGAACUGGAUGCUGGUGUUUGUGACGGCAUGACCUACGAGGAGAUCGAGCAAAAGUACCCCGAAGACUAUGAUGCUCGUGACGAGGACAAGUUCAACUACCGCUACCGUGGUGGCGAGUCGUACCGCGACGUCGUGGUGCGCCUCGAGCCCGUCAUCAUGGAGCUUGAGCGCCAGGAGAACAUUCUUAUCAUUGGUCACCAGGCCAUUAUCCGCUGCCUGUACGCCUACUUUAUGGAGCUUCCCCAGGAGCAGCUGCCGUACAUCAAGGUGCCGCUGCACACGCUCAUCCGCAUCUCGCCCAAGGCCUACGGGUGUGAGGAGGAGCGCUACCACCUCCCCAUCGAGGCUGUGGACACGCACCGCCCCAAGCCGUCCAAGCACGGCCACAAGGUCAUCGAGAUGGCCGAGCACAGCAACACCAAGCGCGAUUACUAUGGCGAGUCGGGCGCCGCUACCCCGCAGCAGAAGCCCGUGGCGGAUGCAGACGCGCCAGCGGCAUAA